AUGACGUCAGCCAGACGUUUACCGUCAUGGCGGCGGCGGAGGGCUGUGAGGAGAUGAGCGGCAACGGGGAGCUGGUAGAGUCUUCAGCCAUGGAAGCUCCUGAGGUUCCGGCGCCACCUCUACCUGAAAUGACGGAAGAGAACGGCAGUGCCGCCGUGGUUCCUGAGGCUCCUGUUGGCCCCGACCCUGCUUCCUUCUCCAUGCAACCAGCCGCAGUGGAUGAAGAAGGGGAGCUACCUGCAGACUUUGAGCGUCUGUGGAAGGCCGCUCAUGACAAUCCUCAAGACUUCACCUCCUGGACUGACCUACUGCAGUACUGUGAGCAGGAGGGUCACGUCACAUCUUCACGUAGAGCACUAGAAGCCUUCCUUGUUCGCUAUCCACUCUGCUAUGGUUACUGGAAGAAAUUUGCUGAUCUGGAGCGCCGCGUUGGGCUUAACGACAAAGCAGAGGAGGUGUGCAUUCAGGGUCUUCAGGCAAUCCCUCUCAGUGUAGAUCUGUGGAUCCACUACAUCAAUCUGCUGCUAGGAACACUAGACAUGAACCUUCCUGAGUCACCCAAGCGGAUUCGCAGUGUGUUUGAGGAUGCUGUCGCGGCAGCCGGUUUGGACUUCCACUCGGACCGGCUUUGGGAUCUGUAUGUUGAGUGGGAGAAGGAGCAGGGCAACAUGAAGAACGCAACAGCCGUCCUGGACAGAGUCCUCAGAGUCCCCACACAGCUCUACAACACCCACUACGACAAGUUUAAAGAGCAUCUGAACAACCAUGAACCUAAAGAGGUGCUUUCUCCAGAGGAGUACGAGGAGCUGAGGGAGCUGUGCCGUCAGAGCCAGAAAGCGGAACGAGCCGAACAAUCGCAGGAGGAGGAGAAGGAGAGGCCGCCGGGUGAGGAAGAGCCCGCCACACCCGAGGGCACAGACACAGAGGAAUUGAUGCAGAAGAUUAGGGAGCAGGUGUUACUACGCAGGGACAAAGUGUAUCAGGACAACGAGGGAGAAGUCCGGAAGAGAUGGCACUUUGAAGAUGCCAUCAAGCGACCGUACUUCCACGUUAAGCCACUUGAUCGCCUCCAGCUCCGCACUUGGCACUCAUACCUCGACUGGGAGAUCACAGAGCUGAACAAGGACACGAAAGACCCCAGCCAAGGUGACUACACAGAUCCAAACCAGGCCAUCACAGAGGAGUCGGAGGUCAUGGCCCCUCCACAGGAACCAUUGGAGGACACUAUAGCUGCUCAAGAUGACCACAGAGUUCGCAUCCUCUUUGAACGUUGCCUGAUCGCCUGCGCACUCUAUGAGGAAUUCUGGUCCAGGUACAUCCAGUACCUGGAGCCGCAGAGCGUGGACGAGGCCCGGGCGGUUUAUAAACGAGCCUGUGAAAUCCACCUGGCGUACAAACCCAACAUCCACAUGCACUGGGCGACCUUUGAGGAGAGGCACGGUGACUUAACUGAAGCUCGGCGAGUGUUGGAGGCCCUGGAGAAGAAACUGCCAGGUUUGGCGGUCGUCCGUAUCCGCAGGGCUGCUUUGGAGAGACGAGCCGGCCAGCUGGAUCAGUCGGAAGCCUUGCUAAGGGAGGCGGUGGCUGAAUCCAAAGAGAAGCCCACGUUACACGCUUUCUAUUCAAUCAAGCUGGCUCGAUUGCUGCUAAAACUGGGCAGGGACCCCAGCAGUGCCCGCAGUGUUUUACAGGAAGCGCUGGAAAUUAGUCCGGAUAAUGAUAAACUGCACAUGAACCUGUUGGAGCUGGAGGUUUCAGGUGACCCCUGGGCCUCAGCCUCAGCGGUGCAGGAGUGUGUGACACGAGCUCUGGCAGCUCCUCUCGAACCUCACACCAAGAUCCUCUUCUCACAGAGGGGCCUACAGUUCGCAGAGGACUACAGCAACUCUAUCCAGAGUGUGCUGUCUGUUUACGAGGAGCACCAGAAGCUGCUGAAGGAGCUCGGUGGAACAAAGAGAGAAGCCGAGAACGGGGAUGAAGAUCCAGAGAAGCUGAGCAAAACUGAUGACGGCUCUGCUGUGUCUGCACAAGUCCCACCUACCAUGCCGCACGUCCCCAUCACCACGCCGCCUCCUCCUGUGAUGGGCGCCGAUAUGAGCGCACAGACUGGCUACGGAGGAUACAGCAGCUGGUACCAGCAACCACAAUACGGCAGCUACGGCUACCAGAACACCUGGAACUACAACCAGGGCUACUAUCCACCCAGCUAGAGAAAGCAACAGCAAAAGACCGCAUCAGGCCACUGAACAAUAAAACUGAACUGAACAGUCCUCCAGACUGUGGAGAAGUUUCAUCCUGCUAAAGUUCAUCCAGUCAUUAUUCUUCCCUCUCCGUCCUUCCUCUCAGUCACCUCACUGUCUCACUGGAUUUAUGAAAACGAGGAGUUAUGGUCAUUUAAAAGAUCAUCUUUUCAUUUUUUUUUUUUCCCUGAACAGCAGGUGGAAACAUGAAAGGAAACACGGCGCUCAUCUUCAGUGGCGUGUCUUUGAAUUUUAAUCAGAACUAUUUUUGUAUUCGUUGCAAGUUGACCGCUUUGCUCGUGUUUUAAAAUCAUCCAACUUCACAGGUGAUGUAUGAUUGACAUUUUGUACCAUUCCACAGACUAGGCUAUGUUUUUUUUCUAAUGUAUAUAAAGGUGUUUUAUAGUGUGUCACAA